AAAAGCUACGUCUAUGGUGGAUCAGUCAAGUUUGUAUGUGACAAGAAUUACACUCUAGUGGGGACUGAUUUUAUAUAUUGUCAAGCUAAUAGGAGUUGGAGUUCCGUUGUUCCACGUUGCUUAGGUAAGUGCAAUGGGUAAGAGAAAAUAAACGACAUAAGUCCCGCUAACUAAUUUUUGUCAAAAAUUUCUUAAUAGUAAAAAACGACGGUUCAAUUUUUGGUUGUUAAACCAUCAUCUGUACAUAAAUUAGCAGUAGCAAUAUUGUAGCUUUUAAUCGUUGUACCAAAAAAUUAACUUAUCGCCACACGGAAUAAACAAAAAUUUAACCGUAAUCUGACCAUGCUUUUUCCUUUUUCUGGCUUCCUAAGAAAGGGGAUGUAAAUGUAAAAGUAAAAAAAAAAAACUGCUGAUAAUUAACACUGUUGAACACUGUUAAAAUUUGAAUCCAACAUCUACCAUCAAGUCAUUUUAUGUUCAGUUUUUUUUUUUUACCGAUACGGUGUCCAUAUUGAAUUAAUUAGAUUUAAGGAGUAUUAUGGGAUGCCGAGGGAGGCAUGAGCACCAUCCGAUACACUCACUCAGUAUUUAAGCGCGCUUUUUCGGGGCUAUUUUUCUGAAAGUUUUCUAAGAAUAAGAUUGUUAUGCGAAGAAAGAACUUUGUACCGUGUUUGGAUGUAAUAAUGAUCACCUUUUACCCGAGAAAUAGUACACGGAAAGACGAUACCAGUUUCUUCGGAGUGUCCACAAUUUUAAUUGCUUCUUUUUCUUUUGCUGCUUAGAAUCAUUGUCUGACUCUCUUCCUCUUACUAAUAAUUGGUUGUACUGGAAGCAUGUCCAUGGGAGCAUUUCUCUCACGUGUUACUAUUUCCCUUUCAUAGCCCUUCAGAAAGAGCGGCGUGGGAUGAGGAUGACUGUCAACGAGUCUUCCAAAUUUAAAAUGAUUUGAGCAAACUUAAUUAGUAUUUUUGUUCACCUUAAAUCCCUUUUGGCUCAGUAGUCUCGUCCAAGUAGCCAAGUGCCUUUGCUAUUUGCAAGAGCAGAAUUAACGUACCUCCCAAGAAACUGGUAUGGCUCUUUCACCAACUAUUUCUUGGGAAUCGCGGCGAUCAUUAUUACCCCCAAAUAAAACACAACGGUCUUGUUUCCCAUUACAAACAUGUUCUAGGAAAACUUUCGGAACAUCAGUAUGUGUAUUAUGAGAGAAGUGCGAAUUUGGUCACCAAAAGGCCUUGACUGAAUUAACAGUUAUAACAAAUAUUCAAAUAAUUCUAAAUUGAGUGUGAUACAAUAUUUCAGCCAGAAAACCUUGAAAUAAAUCAGUUUUUAUAGAAAAAAGACGAAUUUGGUAAAACAAGGCUGUUAAACCUGGGUUGCCAUGGUAACGUUAAAGCUGACGUACAGGUCCCCUUGCUUUUAAAACGUUCUUAGAUUAUUUUUUAGGACUAUUUGCUAAGUUUGAUUUCAUAGUUUGAACGAUUUUGAAGAUAUUCAAAGAUGUUCCUCGGUCUCAAUAAGGUAAAAUCCAAAUCAAAAUAACUCAAUGAGUUAGUUUCUAUAAAGAACUAAAGAAAUAAGGAGCAAUUUGUUUUGUUCCCUUACUUUUUUCUGUAGCUAAGCUUGAUUUUUUUCUUUUUGAUUAAGCUAACUGUCGCUCACCUGGUGAUGUACAUCAUGGUCUUAAAAUCGGUAAUAACUAUACACACGGAAAAAAUGUUCGAUACUCUUGUAACCUUGGGUACACACUUGAAGGCGAGGCUGAACUGUCUUGUGUGGAUGGAAGAUGGAGCACUGCCACUCCCAAGUGUAAAGGUCAGCGUUCAUUCUGGUUUUUUAAAAUAAAAGCUUGUGUUGAUUUUGGAGGUAUAGGGGGUUGUUUUAUUUGCAACUUUUUAAAUUGCGUGACAGAUUUCGGUAAUGGUUGCAAAAUGAGCUACAUACCCCUCAACUUUGAACCGUUAAAAGAAGAAUUAGCUCACGUGGGUCUAUUCAAGUUGCAGUUACUUAAUACCCUGCUAUCUUCAUUUGUUGUAUUAGUUCAUUAUAUGUAAACGACAAAGGCUACAAAAUUAACCACCCUGUAAUUAUUAUAGCUGUUGAGUGUGGUGAUCCUGGCAAACCAGCAAACGGAAAGCAGAUUGUCAAGAAAGGCUACGUCUAUAAUGGAUCAGUCAAGUUUGCUUGUGAAAAGAAUUACACUCUAGUGGGGACUGAUGUUAUAUAUUGUCAAGCUAAUAGGAGUUGGAGUUCCUCUGUUCCACGUUGCUUAGGUAAGUGCCAUGGGUUAAGAGAAAAUAAAAGACAUUAAUCCCGCUAACUAUUUUUUCCCGAAACGUUUUUUAAAGGCGUAAAACACAGUUACAUUUCGUGGUCGUUCAAAACUGGUCUAUAACAUAAGCAGUAGAAAUAUUGUACCUUUUAAACUUCAAAAGUUCGCCAAAACACGACAAAACGUAUCGUCAUACUUAAUAAACAAGAGUUUAACCCUAAUCUGACCAUGUUUUUUUUCCUUUUCUUGCUUUCUAAGACAGGGAAACGUGGGAGGCUCCCCUCUGUAACUGAAAACAGAUCAUAACACGUCCACCAAAAUUAUACCUAAUAAUGUACUCAUCACAUUCAACAUCUAAGGAAAACUAGCGCGAUUUGAUGUACUUAUGACGUAACAUUGUUAUGAGUUAUAAGCACAAUCCAAAUUUCAUUUUUUUGCCUAGGAGUAGCCAUGAGGCGAACAGUGCUAAAAUGAAGUUGGCUGACACACGGAUAAAUUUUGACAAUUGCAGAGGCGUCAUGAUGACUUUGUUUAUUAUUAGAGAACGUACUGGAACAACGCCAUAUUAAAUCUGCCAUUUUGAAUUAAUUUUGUUCGAAAGCGGGUGAUGCUCGAUAUACCAAGUCAAUAUAUACACUAUUGUGUCUUUUCAUUGUGUGGAGAUAAUUGUGUUAUUGUUUUCGCGGGUUAGGGAUCAUUGUUGUGUUCUUUGUGACGUAACUCUAGAUUGCUAUUCACUUGAUAUAUAGUGCACCAGCUCAAUUAAUAACCCGUGUAAAUCGAGGAAACCGUGAUAUUAAAUACGACCUGUCAAUUAAAGUAUGUUUAAAAAGCAAAAAUUAAAAUAAAAGUAAAAAUACCGAUGUAAAUUUAAAAGUGAAAGGAAAAGAAAAGGAAAAAAUGCUAGUAAUUAACUGUGUUGAACACUGUUGAAAUUUGAAUCCAACUUCUACCAUUAAGCCAUUUUAUAUUCAAGUUUUUGAAUUGGCGAUUUGCACAUUGGCCAUAAGACACCUCGUUUGCCCCCUAAAGUUUUCCAUAACCUUUGUUUGUGAUUUCUCCUGGGUAUUGCUGUUUUUCCAGGAAACGAAGACAAUGCUUAUGCAAAUUUUCGAGGUGCAAACAAGGUGCAUUGUUAAGGUGGCUCGAUACAGUUGUUCAGGGCCAAUACCUCCCAAGUUUGAGCAUAAACUACGUCGCCAUAAACAAAGUUUUGGAUAAAUUGCCACCACAGUUGUAUUAGAUAAGGAUGAAAAUUUGUUAUGAUCAUGGUUGCAAUGACAUCGGAGUUGUCUUAGCAAUGAAAUGACGCUAUUAUUACCUAUUUUACUUACAGCAAUAUAUCUUGGCACNAAGUUUGCUUGUGAAAAGAAUUACACUCUAGUGGGGACUGAUGUUAUAUAUUGUCAAGCUAAUAGGAGUUGGAGUUCCUCUGUUCCACGUUGCUUAGGUAAGCGCCAUGGGUAAGAGAAAAUAAAAGACAUAGUCCCGCUAACUAUUUUUUCCAAAAAGGUUUUUAAAGGCGUAAAACUCAGUUACCUUUCGUGGUCGUUAAAAACUGAUCUAUACAUAAAUUAGCAGUAGAAAUAUUGUAGCUUUUAAACGGCAAAAGUUCGACAAAACACGAGAAAACGUAUCGUCAUACUUAAUAAACAAGAGUUUAACCCUAAUCUGACCCUGCUUUUUUUCCUUUUCUUGCUUUCUAAGACAGGGAAACGUGGGAGGCUCUCCUCUGUAACUGAAAAGAGAUCAUAACACUUCCACCAAAAUUAUACCUAAUAAUGUAGUCAUCACAUUCAACAUCUAAGGAUAACUAGCGCGAUUUGAUGUACUUAUGACGUAACAUUGUUAUGAGUUAUAAGCACAAUCCAAAUUUCAUUUUUUUUGCCUAGGAGUAGCCAUGAGGUGAACAAUGCUAAAAUAGUGAAAUGUUUAAAAAAAAUCUGAAGUUGGCUGACACACGGAUAAUCUUUUAUAAUUGCAGAGGCGUCAUGAUGACUUUGUUUAUUAUUAGAGAACGUACUGGAACAACGCCAUGUUAAAUCUGCCAUUUUGAAAAACCGAGUGAUGCUCGAUGUACCAAGUCAAUAUAUACACUAUUGUGUCGUUUCAUUGUGUGGAGAUAAUUGUGUUAUUGUCUACGCGGGUUAGGGAUCAUUGUUAUGUUCUUUGUGACGUAACUCUAGAUUGCUAUUCACUUGAUAUAUAGUGCACCAGCUCGAUUAAUAACCCGUGUAAAUCGAGGAAACCGUGAUAUCAAAUGCGACCUGUCUAUUAAAGUAUGUUUAAAAAGCAAAAAAUAAAAUGAAAGUAAAAAUAGCCAUGUAAAUUUAAAAUUGAAAGGAAACAAAAAGGAAAAAUGCUAGUAAUUAACUGUGUUGAAUACUGUUGAAAUUUAAAUCCAACUUCUACCAUUAAGCCAUUUUAUAUUCAAGUUUUUGAAUUGGCGAUUUGCACAUCUGCCAUAAGACACCUCGUUUGCCCCCUAAAGUUUUCCAUAACCUUUGUUUGUGAUUUCUCCUGGGUAUUGCAGUUUUUCCAGGAAACGAAGACGAUGCUUAUGCAAAUUUUUGAGGGCAAACAAGGUGCAUUAUGGCAGAUGUGCAAUUGACGCAUUUAGUCAUCAAAAAGCCUGGAUUAAAUUAAAAGUUAUAAUAAAUAUACGAAAUAUUAUAAAUUCAUUGGGAUACAAUAUUCAAUAAGUAAACCUUGAAAUGAAUUGAUCCAAUCAUUUUAUAUAGUAAGCAAGGCAAGUAUUGUAAAAUAAGGCUGUUAAAACCUCGGUUACCAUGAUAACGUCAAAAUUGACGUAAAGGUCGCGAUAAUUCUCAAAUGUUAUUUGAUCAUUUUGAGAAAAAUUUCCUAAAUUUGUUGUCAGACACGUAGUUUGAAUUAUUUCGAAGAUAUUUGGGUCCUUCAAAGCCGCUGAAUCAGGUAAAAGCAAAAUCGAAAUAAUUAGUUUCUUAUCAACUAAAGACAUAACGGGCAAUUUAUUUUAUUCCCUUCCUUUUUUCCUGUUGCUUAGCUUGUUUUUUUUCGUUUUUGAUUAAGCUAACUGUCGCUCACCUGGUGAUUUACAUCAUGGUCUUAAAAUCGGUAAUAACUACACGCACGGAAAAACAGUUCGAUACUCUUGUAACCAUGGGUACACACUUGAAGGCGAGGCUGAACUGACUUGUGUAGAUGGAAGAUGGAACACUGCCUCUCCCAAGUGUAAAGGUUAGCGUUCAUUCUUGUUUUUUAAGAAAAAAGCUUGAGUUGAUUUUGGAGGAAAAGUGGGUUGUUUUAUUUGCAAUUUUUUAAAUUGCGAGAGAGAUUUCGGUAUAAAUGAAUUACAUACCCCGCAACUUUGAACCGUUUAAAGAAGAAUUAGCUCGUGUGCGUCUAUUCAAGUUGCAGUUACUUAAUACCCUGCUAUCUUCAUUUCUUGUAUUAGUUCAUUAUAUGUAAAAGACAAAGGCUAAAAAAUUAACCACCCUGUAAUUAUUACGAUAGCUGUUGAGUGUGGUAUCCCUGGCAAACCAACAAACGGAAAGCACAUUGUCAGGAAGGGCUACGUCUAUGGUGGAUCAGUUAAGUUUUUUUGUGACAAGAAUUACACUCUAGUGGGGACUGAUGUUAUAUAUUGU